CGCCCGUCACAGCUAACGGACCGUCGAGUCGAGCGGAUCUCACAUUCUCCAAGCCGUCUAACCGCGGCACCUCGCAGCAGAACAGGAAUCAUGGACAUCUGACCGAGCAGCCGAAUCAAACAAUCAAACCAACGUACUCACCCCAAGGCGUAGUAUCAUUUUUCAUUUAAGGGGUUAUCCAUGAGAUUCUUCAGGCUUACCUUUAAGUGCUUCGUCGACUGCUUUUGAAUCUCCUCCUUUUCAACGGCUCAACUGACCGCGGUGCUUUGUGACGUUUUUUUCCAUCUCUUUCGGCUGAGCUGAGGGGUUCCGACGUGUGAUUUGUAUAUAUAUAUACAUAUAUAUUUAAAAAAAACUGAUUUUUCUUCAGAAAGAAUAAACAACAAACUCAGAUAACAAGAACAAUUGGAGCAGUGUAGCCUACCUUGUGGCUACAUCUCUCUGUCUCCCCCCUCUGAGCCAGCCUGGUACGUUUUUGUUUUUGUUUUUGUUUUUUCUGAACCAAAUAUUAAAACUUAAAAGCUUCCCCUUGUCGUAACAAAAAAACAACAACAACCAGCUCACCCUUCACCUAAUAUGUCCCCUGAGUUGGAAGAGAACAGCCAAGAUGAAAUCAGUGUCUCCCAGAUGGAGGCAGGGGCCCUGUCCGAGGAGGAGGGCGGGGGGUCGGCUCGCCCCCUGGUCCCGGUUGUCGGUGGCGACCCAGGGUGUGGAGAGGGCGGAGGGGCCGGCCCACCACAGACCCAGGACGGGGCCGCGGCGGCGACCGGAAACGGGGCCGUGGCGGGACAGGAAGGCGAGCGAGAAACCUGGACCAGACAGAUGGACUUCAUCAUGUCCUGCGUGGGAUUCGCCGUCGGCUUGGGCAACGUGUGGCGGUUCCCUUACCUCUGCUACAAGAAUGGGGGAGGGGUUUUCUUGAUCCCUUACUUGCUGAUUGUGUUCAUCGGAGGAAUCCCUGUCUUCUUCCUGGAGAUCGCGCUGGGCCAGUUCAUGAAGCAAGGAGGAGUCUCCGCGUGGAACAUCGCUCCCCUCUUCAAGGGUCUGGGACUAGCAUCGAUGGUGAUUGUGUUUUUCUGUAAUACCUACUACAUCAUGAUACUGGUGUGGGGUCUCUACUUUUUCUUCCACUCUUUCACUGACCCACUGCCGUGGGCCACCUGCGGACACCCUUGGAACACCCCCAACUGCACGCAGGACUUUCGUCGCCCCUGCAACAACCGCAGCGCUCUGCAGCUGUCCGCUGCCAACACCUCGAACCUCCUGUCUACCCCGCCCCCGCUGAACCUGACCUCCUCCCUUCUGCUGAUCAAUAACAGCUGCAUGGAGACUGAGGGCCUGCGCUCCCCGGUCAUCGAGUUUUGGGAACGGAAAGUGCUUCGCAUCUCUGGAGGUCUGCAUGAGCCUGGUGUCAUCUGCUAUGAGAUGGUGCUGUGUCUUAUGGCCACCUGGGUCAUUGUUUACUUCUGCAUGUGGAAAGGAGUGAAAUCUACUGGCAAGGUUGUGUACUUCACAGCACUGUUCCCCUACCUGGUUCUGGUGGUUCUUCUGGCUCAUGGAAUCACCUUACCUGGAGCUUUGAAUGGGAUUGUUUUCUACCUAAAACCAGACUGGUCCAAACUGGGCGAAGCGCAGGUGUGGAUUGAUGCUGGCACUCAGAUUUUCUUCUCCUAUGCCAUCGGACUGGGUGCCCUAACUGCGCUGGGCAGCUACAACCGCUUCCAUAACAACUGUUACCAGGAUGCGUUUGUCCUGGCUCUAAUCAACAGUGGAACCAGUUUUUUUGCUGGCUUCGUUGUGUUCUCUGUUCUGGGCUUCAUGGCUGCAGAACAGGGAGUGGACAUCAGUAAGGUGGCUGAGAGUGGCCCAGGCCUGGCUUUCAUAGCCUACCCCAAGGCUGUGACUCUGAUGCCUCUGGCACCGCUUUGGGCAGCGCUGUUUUUCUUUAUGUUACUCAUACUGGGCCUGGACAGUCAGUUUGUAGGGGUGGAAGGCCUGAUAACAGGAAUCAUGGACAUGUUGCCUCCUAAAUCUGCCAUUGGCUCCUUGCGACGAGAAGUAGUUGCUGCCAUCUGCUGCAUCAUCUGCUUCUUUAUUGACCUGUCCAUGGUCACAGAGGGAGGGAUGUAUGUGUUCCAACUUUUUGACUACUACUCCGCCAGCGGCAUCACUCUGUUGUGGCAGGCCUUCUGGGAGUGCGUUGUGAUCGCAUGGGUUUAUGGCGCAGACCGUUUCAUGGACGACGUGGCCCGUAUGAUUGGCUAUCAGCCCUUGCCCUACAUGAAGUGGUGCUGGUCCUACAUCACGCCUUUUGUUUGCGUGGCCGUGUUCCUGUUCCACGUGGUGAACUACAAGCCUCUGACCUACAACACGGUGUACACCUACCCUUUAUGGGGCGAGGCACUUGGGUGGGCCCUGGCUCUUUCUUCUAUGCUCUGUAUUCCUGUUACUGUUCUCUACAAGCUACUGCGAUGCAAAGGAUCUCUGCGGGAGCGGUGGCAGCACCUAACUACCCCCGUCUGGGGCAGACACCACCUGGAGUACUUGGCGCCGGAAAGCGAGGCCAAGCUGCUGCCCGCCGCAGAGACAAAGAGCACCCUCCUUUUCGAGAGUGUAAUCUGACUAAACCCGUCAACAAGUCCACAAAGGAAACACACACAUGCUACAUUGGCCUUGUCUGAACUAAACACAAAUCAGCACAACACUCUACACUGUUAAAUUUCCAAUAAACGAAAGAAAAAGAUCCUGGGAAAAUGGACCAAAGAAAACACUGGAGAAGAACCGAAACACACCUGCAUUCAUGAAGUUACACCCUCUGCUCUGUUCUUUCACUCUACCUCGAUGGCUUUCUGCUCUCUUUCCGUCCCCCGUGUCCUCCCGCCUUCGUGCUGUCUCGUCCUCUCUCGUGUCGUGGAUGUUAUCGUGUCUGCCAUAGCUGCAGUAGCUCCCCUUUCUGUCAGUAUUUAUGAAGCCUCGCUUGGCCCUCGAGUCAACGGGCCGAUUUAUUCCACAUGAGCAGAAUCCUCUGGUUAAAACUUUCAAGACGAAAACCCAUUUAGUCCGCUGCUGAAACCCCAUCGUCUUAGUGUGUGUGUGUGUUUGUGUGUUUGUGCGGCUGCAUGUUUGCCCAUGCCUGUGUUAUCCAUACAUGUGUGGGCAUUUGCAUGUGGAUGUAAGGAGCGCGCGCGUUGGACCAUGGCAGUGUUAUCUUCAACUACAUAUCACAUUGCCUUUGGACAGUAAUUGCUGCCAACUAUAUUCACUGCUUUAAGUGUAACAAAAAAUACUUCCAUUUGUAAAAAAGAGAAAAAAGAAAAGAAAAGAUGUAAUCACAACAAGACAAUGCCUCACCACUUCCAGCUGUGUAUUACAAACUAACUUAAUUCUAAUUAUCUUGUGUAUUGUAGGUCUGUGAAUUAGUGUUAUUUUUCGGAGGGGGUCUAUGGUGAUCAUUUUCACGUUUAGAGAAGGAGAGAACCGUCCAACUGAGCUGUGUACCAAGCACGAGACAGAGUCGUGGGGAUGGAACAGAGGGAAGCAAUAAAUGAUCAGAUGAAGACAGAUGUA